UAUCCGCGUCUCGCUCGCACCGACCGCGUCGCGUCGCGCCUCCGAGGUGCACUCGCCGCUCCUAUUAUUUUCGUGACGGGUAUUGCGCCGAAGCCGAUUCCCGCAUCCUCGGGUUCGGGCCGAGACGCGAGGUCCGGUCUCGCGGCGGAGGCGGCGGCGGCGGCCGCUCGCAUCGCGCGCCACUCUACGCCCGCGCCUCACUGUCGCAUCGGUUCGCGCCUAAUGAAACGCUCCUCGUCCCGUCAGCGUGCCGCGCCGGUACUGUCGCCUCCGACAUUCGGUCGAAAUCGAAAAUGCGUCAAGUAGUAGCGGCGGCGAGGGGCGCGCGCCGUGGCUGACGAUCCCGCGCGGCCCGCUGCUGCUGCACCGCGCGCGCCCGCAGUGCUCGGCUCGGUGGAUAGUGCGCGUUGUGUACCGGUGUGCCGAUGAGACUCGUGCAUGUGGAUGGGGUGCGGAGCGGAGUUGGAAGAUGCAUUUCAAGGAGUCGUUCGCGAUGAGCGAUCGUCCGAACGAGCGCGGCCGCCGCAACUCCCGCUGCAAGGGCGCUGGCGUCAAGAUGGAGCAGUUCCAGGCGGCGCUGGAUCCUCGCAAGCAGGAGUUACUGGAGGCUCGCUUCUUAGGCGCCAAGGUGAGCGCGGGGGAGAUACUAAUAGAAACUCAACGGGCGCACCAAUUCAAAACGAUGUCAGCUGGGUCACAAAUUCAGAUGGCACCACAAACUACUGUCAACACGGGGCAGCCACUACAUAACCAGGACUCCAAUAUGAGCACAGGGUCUUCACAUAGUGACAAAGAAAUUGAUGCUUUAACCCCUGAGAAGUCUGCCGCUAUGCGAGGCUCUACUGUAGGUCCUGGCAAUGCCCUUGUACCACCCAGUGGUGCUACUCCCACCAUUGCUGUGCCUGAAAGGAAAAGGAAAAGAAAAGGUGAAGAAGGAGUGGGUGGUGGUGGAGGAGGUGGAGGAAAGCAGAGACAUAAUACAGCUGAUAAAAACAUUCGGGAAUACUUUUCCAAGCAUCCUUCGUCAAGCCCUGUUAGGCAUACAGGAGCUAAAUCUCCAUCACCUCAAGGAGCUAAUUAUCCUAUGUACCCACCGUCACCGUCGCAAAUACUGUCUUCGGGAGAAUUCUUUCGGCAACGCCCACACACUUCUGUUAGACAGAUGCAAACAGAACUGACAUGCCAGAGGAUACAGGAGUUAGAAACUCAGGCGUCUUCUGACUUAGAGCUAAGAAAUAAUAGAAUAGAAGAAUUAACAAGGAGUAAUGAAGAGUUGAAACAUCAGGUUCAAGCUCAGAGCAAGGUAAUAGAUCAACACAAAUCACACAUUAAUAAAUGUAUAGAAGUGGUAAAGAAAUUAUUAAAUGAGAAGAGUACUAUUGAAAAGAAGGAGGCUCGGCAGAGAUGUAUGCAGAACAGAUUAAGGCUCGGUCAAUUUGUUACUCAGCGUGUUGGGGCUACCUUCCAAGAGAAUUGGACUGAUGGAUAUGCAUUUCAAGAACUAACAAGGCGGCAAGAGGAGAUAACAGCAGAAAAGGAGGAAAUAGAUCGUCAGAAGAAACUGCUGCUGAAGAAGCGCCGGAGCGAGCCGUCCAACAGCGAGGGUGGGGGCCGCGGCAAGCGCACUUCCAGCGUGUCUGCGCCCAGCACGCCACAGCCGCAGCCGCUGCACAAUGGCACUGAUCCGCCCACCUUCCUCAAGCCCGACCCCUUGCCCAGCAUGACGUGGCAGGAGUAUUACGAGGCUGAUGAGAUUCUUAAAUUAAGACAGAGUGCGCUUAAAAAGGAAGAUGCAGACUUGCAGCUUGAGAUGGAGAAAUUGGAACGGGAAAGGAAUCUUCACAUUAGAGAGCUAAAGCGAAUACACAAUGAGGAUCAGAGCAGAUUCUCACAGCAUCCUGUCUUGUCUGAGAGAUAUCUGCUGUUGAUGCUGCUGGGCAAGGGUGGGUUCAGCGAGGUGCACAAGGCGUUUGACCUGCGCGAGCAGCGCUACACCGCCUGCAAGGUGCACCAGCUCAACAAGGACUGGAAGGAGGACAAGAAGGCCAACUAUAUCAAACAUGCACUACGGGAAUACAACAUACAUAAAGCAUUAGAUCAUCCGCGGAUUGUUAAAUUAUAUGAUGUGUUUGAAAUAGAUGGAAAUUCAUUUUGUACAGUUCUUGAGUAUUGCAAUGGUCAUGAUCUCGAUUUCUAUCUCAAACAGCAUAAAACAAUUCCUGAGCGGGAAGCGCGCUCUAUUGUGAUGCAAGUGGUGUCUGCGUUGAAGUAUUUGAAUGAAAUCAAACCCCCUGUGAUCCACUACGACCUGAAGCCGGGCAACAUUCUGCUGACUGAGGGCAACGUCUGCGGUGAAAUUAAGAUCACAGACUUUGGCCUCUCCAAGGUCAUGGACGAGGAGAACUACAACCCAGACCACGGCAUGGAUCUCACAAGUCAGGGCGCCGGCACUUAUUGGUACUUGCCGCCAGAGUGCUUUGUAGUAGGCAAGAACCCGCCAAAGAUCAGUAGUAAGGUGGAUGUGUGGAGCGUCGGUGUUAUCUUCUACCAGUGCCUGUACGGCAAGAAGCCUUUCGGACACAACCAAAGUCAAGCGACUAUUCUAGAAGAAAACACUAUUUUAAAGGCAACUGAGGUUCAGUUUGCUAACAAACCCACAGUCAGUAAUGAGGCUAAGAGUUUUAUCCGGGCAUGCCUUGCGUACCGCAAAGAGGAGCGCAUCGACGUGUUCGGUCUGGCGCGGCACGAGUACCUGCAGCCGCCGAUGCCGAAGCCGCGCGGCGCCGGCGCCCCCGCGGCGGCGGCGGCCGCGGCGCCCGCCUUCAACGCCGCCCUCUUCGGCGCCGGCUCCUCGUCCUAG